AUGGAAGCUUCUGGUCUCUUUCUUCCCUAGCUGCCUGCAGGAAGCCUGCAGCUCACUCUCUACCAGUAUAAAACGUGUCCUUUCUGCAGUAAAGUCCGAGCUUUUCUCGAUUAUCAUGGACUGCCCUAUGAAAUUGUGGAAGUGAACCCAAUAAUGAGAAAAGAGAUCAAAUUCUCUACCUACAGAAAGGUGCCUAUCCUGCUAGCCAAUGCUGGAAGCCCUCUGCAAUUGAAUGACUCUUCGGUGAUCAUCAGUGCAAUAAAGACCUAUCUCAUUUCCAAGAGGAAUAGCUUAGAAGAAAUUGUGUCCUUUUAUCCUCCUAUGAAAACUGUGACAGAGCAAGGCAAGGAGGUAUUUGAAUAUGGGAAUAAAUACUGGCUCAUGCUGGAUGAGAAGGAGACAAAGCGAGUCUAUCCUGUCAAAGAAGUGAGAGUGGAAGAAAUGAAGUGGAGAAAAUGGGCAGAUGAUUGGCUUGUUCACCUCAUCUCCCCCAACGUUUACCGUACCCCCAGAGAAGCCUUGGCAUCUUUUGAUUACAUCGUCCGUGAGGGGAAGUUUGGCACCGUGGAAGGUUUCUUUGCCAAGUACUUGGGGGCUGUUGCCAUGUUCUUCAUUAGCAAGAGGCUGAAGAAAAGACAUCACCUUCAAGAUAAUGUCCGAGAAGAUUUGUAUGAAGCAGUUAACGAGUGGGUAAAAGCUGUUGGCAAACAUCGACUGUUCAUGGGUGGAAACCAGCCGAACCUUGCUGACUUGGCAGUGUACGGAGUCCUCCGAGUCAUGGAAGGACUGGAAGCUUUUGACGACAUGAUGGUUCACACCAAGAUUCAGCCUUGGUACCAACGCAUGGAAGAAGUCAUUCAAAAAGCUGAAGUUGCAAUCUGAUGCCAGCUGCAGCUGCCUUGCUGAAGUACUUGCAUGGUAAAAAAAACUUCAGAAGGAAUGGCAUUUAUUUUUAAAGAGUUGAAUGGACUGGUC